CAAAUUGGGUUCGGCGUGAUCCUCCUGGCCUGGCCACCGCUGCUGCCCUCGGGGGUAUAUAUUGCCCGCCUCCCCUGCCACGCCUUCCUUCCCUACGACACCAACGGCAGCUGCAGCUCAGGCACAGCAUAGCACGCAGAGUAAGGAACAAAGAUAUCUCUCAGAUCAGCGAGUGGCAGCUGGUUGCUUCAAUCAAGGAUAUAUUAGCUCCGUGGUGGCCAUGGCAAUGGCGCAGCAAGCGAGCUUCCCCUGCUCGACUGCUACUACUCAAUGGAGAGAGCUCACCAACACGAGCUGGUGAGUGAGGGACGAUGACUACCGGCGCAUGGUGAUGGCGUACCUGAUCGAGGCGGUGUACCUGCUGGAGCUGGAGCGGCAGGAGCGCCGUGACGCCGCGGCGGUGGCGCAGCAGUGGUGGAAGCCGUUCCACUUCCGCCUGGCGCACGAGCUGGUGGACGACCGCGACGGCUCCGUGUUCGGCGCCGUCUUCGAGCGCGACCACCACGGCGUCUCCACCGACGCCGGCAGCAGGCCGAGCCCGAGCGGCGCGCCCAGCGCCGUGAUCGCGUUCCGGGGCACGCUGCUCCGCGCCCCCACCAUCCGCCGCGACGUGGAGGACGAGCUCCGCCUGCUGGCCCGGAACAGCCUCCGGGGUUCCGCCAGGCUGGGGCGCGCCGUGCAGGCGCUCAGCGCCACCAUCGACCGCUUCGGCUCCGAGAACGUCUGCGUGUGCGGCCACUCCCUGGGCGCCGGCUUCGCGCGCCAGGUCAUCCGGAUGCUCGUCGCCUCCUCCUCCUCCUCGCCGCGCCAGCAGCAGCAGCAGCAGCAGCAGCAGGCGGCCGCCUUCGCCGCGGCGUCGCUCGAGUCCCACCUCUUCAACGCGCCCUACCUGUCGCUGCCCAUGGGGGUGAGGAGCGUCGUCAAGACGGCGGACUGCCUGAUCAAGGCGGUCCGCUCCGGCGUCGCCACCGUCGGCAAGUGGCACGGCAAGGCGCUCCGCAACGUGGCCUACGCCAACUGCAUCCUCGGCUACACCAGGCUCGAGAGCACCAGGAAGUUGUGAGGAUCGGAUUCGGAUCGGAUGCACUCCACUCCACCUCGUCGAAUCCUCGAUGCUGACUUGAGCGGUUGAAGCGUUGAACCGCCCUGCCCGCGAACCAAACUGUACCUAUGCGACCCGUGUGUGUAUGAUCGAUCGCCUUCAUCACCUUGUAGUAGAAAGUAGUACUUAGUAGAAAUUAAUUCAAUUCUAGCAGGAGACGAAUAAGCAUCUGACCGGCCGGAGGAUGCAAGGCUUUGCAUGCAUGCUUUGCUUUGUACAAUCUUUAAAUGUGAAUUAUAGCAGCUAUAUAUUUAUUAUUGUUCUUCUUCUUCUU